AUGCCACCAAGAGAACAAAAGGAAAAAAGAUCCAGAGCAAAGAAGGAUCCUAAUGCUCCAAAGAGGGCAUUAUCUGCAUAUAUGUUUUUCGCAAAUUCAGAGAGAGACGUUGUUAGAGCAGAAAACCCUGGUAUUGCAUUUGGCCAAAUUGGUAAAUUGUUAGGUGAGAAAUGGAAGUCAAUGGAUGCUGAGAAAAGAGCACCUUUUGAACAACAAGCUGAAGCAGAUAAGAAAAGAUACGAAUUGGAGAAGGCAAAAUACUUGAAGAAGAAGGAGUCCGAGUAUUUGGAAAAGAAUGAAGAAUAA